AAAGAGCUGAAGAACUACGCGAGGCAACGUGCUGGAAACCGUAGCCUACGGAACUGAAGUCACGCCUCCCAUGCGAGCUCUGGAGGGAGCGCUUUAUGUGUUGCACUGCGGGUAGUCUCCGGAAACGCGAUUCGCAGCGGGCGCAGGAAGCGGUCUUGAAUCUCCAGCUGCGGCCGAAGACUGUUAAACUACACACGCUGAAGGGGUUGGUUACGUGUUUUCUUCCUUCAGGACCGGAGCGGAGAGGAGCUGGGAUCGCCGCAGCAAUGGAACAGGCCUCGGAAAGGCGCACGGCCAGCGCGCUCUUUGCGGGGUUCCGGGCCUUGGGGCUUUUCAGCAACGACAUUCCACACGUGGUGCGGUUCAGCGCUCUCAAGCGCCGGUUCUAUGUAACAACCUGCGUAGGCAAGAGUUUCCACACCUAUGACGUUCAGAAACUGAGUCUGGUUGCAGUAAGUAAUUCUGUUCCACAGGAUAUCUGCUGUAUGGCAGCUGAUGGCAGAUUAGUCUUUGCUGCAUAUGGAAAUGUUUUCUCUGCAUUUGCCCGUAAUAAAGAGAUAGUACAUACCUUUAAGGGUCAUAAGGCAGAAAUCCAUCUCUUGCAACCCUUUGGAGACCACAUUAUCUCUGUUGAUACUGACAGCAUUCUUAUUAUUUGGCACAUAUAUUCAGAAGAAGAAUACUUGCAAUUGACUUUUGAUAAGACAGUAUUUAAAAUUUCUGCAAUUUUGCAUCCAAGUACCUACUUGAAUAAAAUACUUCUGGGCAGUGAACAAGGAAGCCUGCAAUUGUGGAAUGUAAAAUCCAAUAAACUUCUGUAUACAUUUCCAGGAUGGAAAGUUGGAGUGACAGCUCUUCAGCAGGCACCAGCUGUGGAUGUUGUUGCUAUUGGUCUUAUGUCAGGUCAAGUUAUCAUUCACAACAUUAAAUUUAAUGAAACAUUAAUGAAGUUUCGUCAAGACUGGGGACCCAUUACUUCAAUUUCAUUUCGCACAGAUGGUCAUCCUGUAAUGGCAGCUGGAAGCCCAUGUGGCCAUAUUGGACUCUGGGAUCUAGAGGACAAAAGAUUAAUCAAUCAAAUGAGAAAUGCACACUCUACAGCAAUUGCCGGACUGACAUUUCUCCAUAGAGAGCCACUUCUUGUCACAAAUGGCGGUGACAAUGCUCUCAGGAUAUGGAUAUUUGAUGGUCCUACAGGUGAAGGCCGACUUUUGAGAUUCAGAAUGGGUCAUAGUGCUCCUCUUACCAGUAUCAGAUACUAUGGACAGAAUGGACAACAGAUUCUAAGCGCAAGUCAAGAUGGAACUCUUCAGUCAUUUUCCACGGUACAUGAAAAAUUCAAUAAGAGUUUGGGACAUGGAUUAAUAAAUAAAAAGAGAGUCAAACGUAAAGGACUUCAGAAUACCAUGUCAGUGAGACUUCCACCCAUCACAAAGUUUGCAGCAGAGGAAGCUCGUGAGAGUGACUGGGAUGGUAUCAUUGCUUGCCAUCAAGGUAAGCUAUCUUGCUCAACCUGGAAUUACCAAAAAUCUACAAUAGGUGCUUACUUUCUCAAGCCAAAAGAAUUGAAGAAAGAUGACAUAACUGCAACAGCAGUGGAUAUAACUUCUUGUGGAAACUUUGCUGUAAUUGGCCUCUCAUCAGGAACUGUAGAUGUAUAUAACAUGCAGUCUGGUAUACAUCGAGGAAGUUUUGGCAAGGAUCAAGCUCACAAGGGAUCUAUUAGAGGUGUUUCAGUGGAUGGAUUAAACCAGUUGACAGUUACAACUGGUAGUGAAGGAUUACUCAAAUUCUGGAACUUUAAAAGCAAAAGUUUAAUCCAUUCUGUGGGCCUCAGUUCAUCUCCAAAUAUCAUGUUGCUACAUAGGGACAGUGGCAUUCUGGGACUCGCCUUGGAUGACUUCUCCAUUAGUGUUCUGGACAUAGAAACUAGGAAGAUUGUCAGAGAGUUUUCUGGACACCAAGGCCAAAUAAAUGACAUGGCUUUUAGUCCUGACGGUCGUUGGUUAAUAAGUGCUGCAAUGGAUUGCUCUGUUAGGACUUGGGACCUUCCUUCUGGGUGCCUGAUAGACUGCUUUUUGUUGGACUCGGCUCCUCUGAAUGUUUCUAUGUCUCCUACUGGAGACUUUCUGGCAACUUCCCAUGUGGACCACCUUGGAAUUUAUCUGUGGUCCAAUAUUUCUCUGUAUUCAGUUGUUUCAUUACGGCCACUUCCUACAGAUUAUGUCCCUUCAGUAGUAAUGCUUCCUGGUACUUGCCAAACCCAAGAUGUAGAAGUAUCAGAAGAAACAGUAGAACCAAGUGAUGAAAUGAUAGAGUAUGAUUCACCAGAACAGUUGGAUGAGCAAUUGGUGACUCUUUCACUUCUUCCUGAAUCACGAUGGAAAAACCUUCUUAAUCUUGAUGUUAUUAAGAAAAAGAAUAAACCAAGGGAACCACCCAAAGUACCCAGAUCAGCACCAUUUUUCAUUCCAACAAUUCCUGGCCUUGUACCCAGAUAUGCUGCACCUGAACAAAAUAAUGAUCCUCAGCAGUCUAAAGUGGUAAAUCUUGGAGUUUUGGCUCAAAAAUCAGAUUUCUGCUUGAAACUUGAAGAAGGACUGGUAAAUAAUAAAUAUGACAUGGCUCUCAACCUUUUGAAAGAAUUAGGCCCAUCAGGAAUUGAAACAGAGCUGCGAAGCUUGUCUCCUGAUUGUGGUGGGUCUAUAGAAGUCAUGCAGAGCUUCUUGAAAAUGAUUGGGAUGAUGCUGGAUAGAAAGCGUGAUUUCGAGUUAGCCCAGGCAUACCUUGCAUUGUUUCUAAAGUUGCACCUUAAAAUGCUUCCUUCAGAGCCAAUACUCCUAGAAGAAAUAACAAAUUUGUCAUCCCAGGUAGAAGAAAACUGGAUCCAUUUGCAAUCACUCUUCAAUCAAAGCAUGUGUAUUUUAAAUUAUCUCAAAAGUGCUUUGUUAUGAAAAUAAAUUUGUGACCAAACAAAUCAAAGACUUAGAUAUUAAAUAGGUUCAAUUGAACUCAUUUCUUAUUUUCCAAGUGUCAAUGUGAAAAGAAAAUAAGGGCUAGCACUCAUGACUGGUCAGUAAAUCUCCACUUUAAAUGCUGAAUAUUUAUUGAAGUAAAAUCACACAUGCCGUCUAGGCAUGGAUAAUGCCUGUAAUUCCAGCACUUGGGGAGGCCAAAGUGGGAGGAUUGCUUGAGACCAGCCUGGACAACAUAGCAAGCAAGAUCCCAUCUCUACAAAAAAGUUUAAAAAAAUAAAUUAUACCUACCUUUUGUUUUGAAGACUUAAAGAAUCUGCUCAAAUGAUUUAUUUUCUGAGUCUCUUCACAUUAACUUUUAUAUGAUUUUUUUAAAAAUUAUUAACUGCUUACGUUUUUUGAGUAUCUAUCUCAUAUAAGAGAUGCUGCAUGUUCACUGUGGAGUACUGCUGAAUUAAAUUGAAAAUGUCAGCUCUAGUGCUUUCUCCAUUGUAACAUACUGAAAGGAAGUAGUUCAUGGAUCAGAAAUGUGGGAGGCCCUUCCUUGCCCAAGGCAAAUUGCUAUAGACAUUUAAACUGAUGACAAGGAUAGGUAAGGGAAAUUCCAAAUUCGAUUGGAAGUUGGGCUUCAGAGGUUUUCCUUCCUCACUGAUGACCUUUUUAUUUGGAAACUGCUGAAUACACUUUUCUUUCAUAACCAUUCUGAAACCAGGUAGCCCUGGAGUUUUCUUUUUUUUCUCAUCAUCAUUUAGGUUUUUUUUAUGGCUCAAGACUUUUGCAAUACAUGAAUUAAAAAUUAACAGUUCUUUAAAGCACAGUGAUCUUAGUUUAUACAUUCAAAAGUUGGGUCUUUCAUGAAAUGCAGUGGAUUGAAUACAAACACCAAUAGCAUCUUGUUCAGAUAAGAGAGUUUUAGGGAAUAAUCUCAAGAAGAAGCAAAAGGUAUUUACCGGUGAUACCUUUAAUGUUCAUGUUUUUAUUUAAUGACAUAAGGUAAAAAUUAGUAAACUACUAAGGAAAUAAACCGAUCUGGUUAUUUUACUGAAUUUCAGGGAUUUUUUAGAAAUGUGUAUUGACUUAUUAAAGCCACUGAUGGAAAUGCUGAUAAUGACUUAAGUUCUUACUUAAAAAACUAUUAUUUUCCUCUUUGCUAAAUACUAUAUUCUAAAUUGGAAUAUGGCAAAAUUCUAAUAUAUAACUGUACCUAGUAAAGAUUGUAAAUCACUAAAACAAAAUGAUAAGCGCUAUGAACUGAAAUUGUAUUGCUUAUACAAAUCAUGAACCAAAUUUUCUUCUCUUUUUAAAGUGAGCAUAUAGACUUUAGUGUAUUGCUAUCAGAGAUAUAUUUAGGUAGUAUUACAUCAUCAUUUUGGCAGGUAAUCUUUUAGACUUUUCAUGUACUGUUUCCAUCAAGGGCAGGAAAGAAAUACAAAAUAUAAUUUUAUUUGUCUGUAUUUUCCUUAAAAAUAUAUCAAUCUGUGCAUGCUGGUUUAUCUUUAAAUUUUUAAAUUACAAAUGUAAUAUAUGACUACAUUUUGGUUGUGUACUUUUUUGAAAACCAUCUUCAGUCCCAAUACCCUCUGUAGAAGUAAGUUAUUAACUCUCCUAGAUCUUGUUUGAGACUGUUUUUAUGAAUGUUUAAGAAUGUGUAUAUAUUAUCUGCAGCCACAGGAAAUGUAUACUUGUGAUUUUUACGAACAUAUAGGUAUAUGAUUCUACAGCUUGCUGUUUCUACUCGGAAGUUUUUUAUUUUUGUACAUUCACAUUUACCUAAUCUCUUUUGCAGUGUCCAACAGUCUAUUUUGCCUGAUAGACACUUGAGGAAGUUUUCCUUCUUUUUUCUUCCUUUAUAAUUACAAACAAUGCUGGAAGGAACAUCAUUCUACAUGAGCCCUUUUUAUACAUACAUGGAUUUCUCUAGAGUGUAUGCUUAGGAUUUCAAUUUCAGGCUGGAGUAUAAGCAUUUUCAAUUUGAAGAGAUACUUCCAUAUGGCUUCCAGAAUGGCUGGAUCAAGUUAUAGUUCCCCUCAGCAACAAAUGAGAAUCUGCUUCCCCACAUAAUUAACGAAACUUGCUAUUAGAUUUUUGUAAUGUUUAUUAAUCUAAUUAAAAAAUUAUUUUUGUUUUAAAUCAAAUUUCUCACUAGUGAGGAUGGACAUAUUUUUGUAUGUUUAUUUUAGAACAUAUAAACAUUUGUGAAUUGUCUUUUUCCUCUACUGCUCAUUUUUCUAUUGAAUGAUUUGUCCUUUUAUCUCACAGAUUUGUUAGGAGUUCUCUUGUAUUUUCUGUGUUAAUCUUUUAUGCCUGUUGCCAGUGUUUUCUCCUCUUAGCCAUUUGGCUUUAAUUUUACAUGGUGUCUUUUUAAAUAAAUGUUUCAUAUUUGUGUACAAUCAAA